AACAUCUUUCUAACGGCAAUCGUUGGUGAAGUUCGUAUUUUUGGUAUUUGUUUUCGUGUCUUUGUUAUUCCACCCUUAUUAGGCACUAUGCCUGUCAAAGCGAAUGGAACUUCUGAACGCACAUUUGUUAACUUCGAUCCCGAAGAUCCAGAUUAUAUCAAAGAGUUGCAAAGACCAGCAGCCAUUAAGGAAGAUUUGUCUGAAAUGGAAAGGCGAAAACGAGUGCAAGAAGUAUUGGAAUCAAAAAGUUUUUGCAAAGAACUCGAAGAAUUGAUCAAGCAAGAGAGUGAAAGCCAUAAAAGUGACCCCGAUCACUUGAAAACGUUACAGCGACUUUCAGAACUCACCCUUCCUCAUGGCCAGAUUGCAGCAUCUAGCCUUCAUAGCAUAGGUGUUGGAGCUGUGAUACCGAUUGCCGAUCUGAAAAAAAAUGAUAGUUACACGCGGGUCGAAAAGAUGUUCAGGAAUAAAUUAGCCUCUUUGUAUCGUUUAGUGGAUCUAUUUCAGUGGUCACAGGGUAUUUACAAUCAUAUCACAUUGAAGUUGCCAGAUUCUGGUGAUAUACUUAUUAAUCCUUUUGGAUUGUUGUAUCACGAAAUUACUGCCAGUUCAUUAAUUAAAAUCAAUGUUGAUGGCAAAAUCAUUGACAAUGGCUCAACCAAAUUAGGAAUUAACCAAGCUGGUUAUAUUUUACACGCUGCAAUUUAUAAAGCUCGUCCUGAUGUUCGUUGUGUGUUACAUUUACAUACUGCAGUAGUUUCGGCAGUAUCAUCAAUGAAGUGUGGUCUUUUAGCACUUUGUCAAGAAGCAAUGGUUAUCGGCCCUGUAGGUUAUCACAAUUAUCAGGGUAUAUUAGAUGAUGAGUGCGAAAUGGAUUCAAUUGUCAAUGAUCUUGGCGAUAAAAAUGUAAUGGUAUUACGAAGUCAUGGGUUUGUAGCCUGUGGAGAAUCAGUUGAAGAAGUUCUUCAUCUUGCUUUCAACAUGAUCAUCGCUUGUGAGAUUCAGGCAUGCUUGCAUUUUUAUAAAAGUGGUGAUCAGCGUACUCAAGUUCAUGUUGAUUUGGUUCUUGUUUUACGCACAAACGGGUAUUUGGUAUGUUGCGAAACAGUGGAAGAAGCAGUUUAUAUUAUAAGGAACUUGGUUGCAGCUUGCGACCACCAGGUUAGGGCUGCAAGAGCUGGUAUUGAGAAUUUGGUGGUACCUGACCAAAAAGCUGUUGAAAGAGCAUAUAAAACAGCUAGAAAAGGAGGAGGUGGUGUUGAUCGAAGUGGUACACAGGACAUAGAAGAAAAACAAAUCAAUUGGAGAAUUGGUGAACUAGAGUGGGAGGCAUGGAUGCGUGUACUUGAUAAUGCGGGUUAUCGCACUGGGCAUAUUUACCGGCAACCCCUUCUACGUUCAAAAAUGCUUCCUGGAGCAUCCAAUAAUCGAAGUGAUAUUGCUGUUCCUCCUAGUGCAUCCUCAACUGGCACUGUGGAUGAAUCAGAUUAUGAAUCAGUAACAGCGCAUAAAAUGGCUUUGUUGCGUAAGGAACAGGAACGGUCUCGAUGGUUAAAUUCACCAAAUGCUUAUCAAAAAAUUGAGAUAUUAGAAACAGGGACUGAUAAUCCUAAGCGUAUCACCAAGUGGGUGCAAGAUGUUGGUUCAGUAUCUCAAAGUGGUACUCCAGUGAAGAUUUCGUCACCUCAUCAAUUUAGUCCUUUUUCUGCGAAUCCGAAAGAAUUUAAAGAAAAACAAAAAGCUAUUAAAGAGAAUCGACGACUAGGUACUACUUCGGCUGGUCCGCAAUCGCAGAUUUUGGAAGGUGUUACAUACGAAGAAAUUUCUCAAAUACGAGCGGAUUCAGAAACGGGUGAUAUGAAUCAGGCUGAUCGUUUAGUUAUUAUUGGUACAGCCAGUAAAGGUAUCAUCGAUCGGCAACAUCAGCACAAUGCUCAGGUGUAUCGCCAGCUUUAUGCACCAAAUCCAUUUGCAAGUGAAACAGAUGAAGAUAUUCAAAAGUACAUGAAAGAAGUGGAGGCAAAAACUCCAAGGUCAAAUUCUACGGUUGAUAGUGUUGAACAUUCCGCAUCUAGUCCACCCUUGUAUGAGAACGACAGCCCUUCUGUUGAAACAAUAUCUUUGAUGCAAGCAGCUCGAGAGCACCGUACACAUCUUACAGUUAGUGGAAUGGCAUCGGCAUCAAUUGAUGAAGAAGGAGCAGAUGUUGAAUUGCAUAGUGGUGCUCAUUCACCACCCCUAACGCAGACAGCUUCUGGUACAGGUUAG